AUAUCACCUCAAAGAGAAUGAUGCUCUUGUCAUCCUCCAUAACAGUUACCAUACGGAUGAACAAGUGAUGGAUAUGGACAUGGAGGCAUACUACUCCGACAUGGAGAAUCUCGACGAAGAUGAGCUAAUGAACUACUUUGAGCAGGAGGAGAUGUAUAACUAUGAUGACACUGUUUACCAACAACCACCCUUAUGGCAACUGCUGGACACCUGUGUUCUACCUGUCAUCCAACAAACGAUCACCACCGUUCUGCCCCUGGCUGUCGCUUGCAUUGUAUCAAAAUUGGUUGCUAGUCUCACUGUAGAAGGUCGCAGUGAAACCACCAUACAGAGGUCAGUGGUGCAUUUUUCCAGUGGUCUGUUUGGACUCAGUAUCCUCUACAACUUCUUCCAUUCCACCAUGCUCUAUCUGCUCAUCACUGCCGGUUUGGGUUACCUUGUCAUUACCAUCACCGUGUUCAAGUGCCGGCCCCUUUGCGGCAUCUGCGUGUCGGCUUCGGUUGUACUAAUCAUUAUCCUACUGGAGCUGUUUAUUGUGGACUCAGCCUCUUGGCACAAAGUUAGGGGUUCCCAGAUGAUUAUGUCAAUGAAAAUUAUCUCAUUAGCAUUUGAUGUCAGUGACCCUGCUGUCAGCUUUCUCCCGGACAUCUGGCAGUACCACGGUUAUGUGUUCAACGUUGGUACCGUGAUCUUUGGACCAUGGAUCAGUUUCCACCAGUACUGUACCAUCACCCAGCAAAGUGUCAGACCAAUGAAUUUACACUGGUUGUUCAAGUUAACCAAAAGCAUUCUCUCAGCUUUAAUAUGUUUGGUGAUGUCCACUUGUGCUGUUGGCUGGCUUAUACAGGACCACCACUGGAAGUGGUUAACUGCCUACCGAGAUGCUAUGUCAUUCAGAUUUAGUCACUACUUUGUCAGUUACCUCUCUACCUUAUCGCUAACUCUAAACGGACUAGGUUCCACACAUGUGAACGGAGAAGUCCUCUGGGACUUUGAUGUUACCCGGCCUGCCUACAUAGAAGUGCCACGCUCCCUGGUGGAGACUGUUUCAAACUGGAAUAUACCAAUGCAUAACUGGCUCAAGAAUUAUGUCUUCAAAAUUGCUCGUCCUCUUGGUAACUUUGUUGCCGUGCUGCUCACAUAUGCUGCAAGCUCACUAUUGCACGGACUGAACUUUCAGCUAGCUGCUGUGCUACUAUCUCUGGCCUUCUACUCAUAUAUAGAACAUGUUUUCAGACAGAAGCUGGCUAAAAUAUAUGAUGCCUGUAUCUUGGCCAAAAAAUGUAAAGACAACUGCAGCCAUUCUGCUAAAUGGAACAAUCCAUAUGUCCUGAUAACCAAUCUGGCGUUUGGUCUCUUAUCAAUCUUUCACCUGGCCUACCUUGGUCUUAUGUUUGACAGCAGCUCUCAAGAAGAGAAGGGCUACGACAUGCGGCACACACUGGACAAAUGGUCGUCCCUGGGCUUCCUUAGCCACUGGGUGGCAUCUGGGACCUUCCUCUUUCACCUCUUGAUAUGAGAAUGUCAUCGUCUUACUGCAGAUAACCAUAUUCGUCCUCCCCUUCUUCUCUCCCCCACUUUACUGCUUCACCAUCAUCAUCAUCACCAUCACCACCAACAUCAUCCUUGUUAGAAACUUCACAUCUUCUGGCCGGUUAGAAGCAUACGGCCUGGGCUCUUUUGCACUGGGGGUGCAAAUGAAAACAUCUGAUAAAA